AUGAUCCUUGCCUCCGGUGUCGAGCCUCGAACAGACCAGUGCUUACUAUCACAGUGUGACGCAAACAACCCAUGUGCCCGCUGCUCGGGAACAUCUUCAUCCGAGUCGGAGUUGCAUUGGAGUGUCCUUGGAUGCUAUCGUGGAUCUGUCACUUCUCUAGUGGAUGUUCUGCUUCAAGGGUCGUUUGCUUGGUCGCAACCUCAAACACCAUUGACGCCCUCUAAUCCUCGGCGAGGAAGCAUUAAUGAUAAAAUAUUGGCACAAAAUCCUGCUCUCUCAGCUGUCACGAGACCGACUUGGAGAACUGACUUCCAAGAUACGUUCUGGUGGCAAGACGGGGAGCCUGGUCUAAGUGAACGUGUUAAUCAACCACUAGGGCCAGGUUAUCACGAUCCUGGAGCUCCGCCGCCUGUUCUGCAGCUCAUUGCUUCUAGUCCGACCUUUCGAGGUGUUGCAUUCGACCUUCUUGAGUUACUGAGUCUCAGCGGUCAACUUUCUAUGUCACGAGAAGAAGAACAAACGAUCCAUCCCGCUCUUUUCCGUGCAAAACAACUACUACGCGAGAUUGUAUUUUACGACGCAUCUCAACCGAAACCCUUGCUACGAAUCGAGACCAGCUUCCCUCCUCAGACUCCCAUUGAUAGUCGUCCCUCGACUGAACGAAACGUGCUGUUGAGGGAAUGCACACGACGUUAUCUAGUCUCGUUGGACUUCGCAGCCUCGAACUUGCCGACUAUGGGCGUUAGACAAUGGCUAGGAGUGUUUAUCUCGCUUUGCAUUUUCAGUGCUGUGGAUACCAUUCUGGUUGACCUUGCUUGGUCUUUCCAGGGAACCGACCCUCUGCAAGCCAAUACAACACCGACGGAACGUCCUGACCAAGUUAUCCGCAGUGUGUAUCAGGCGUUAGUCUCUCUCUUCGCCACUUCAAACGAUCCUCUAUUGAACGGCUCGGAAUCAGACGAUCCCAUUGUCCGCAGCAUCGCUCGAGUCGUCAGACACGAUCACUGGCCCCCGAGGCAUAUUUUCUCGAGCAUCGACUUUCUCAUGAACCUUGGUGCAGGAGAAACUCCUAAUUAUGGAUUUAAUGGUUUUGUUAUGCCUGGGAGACAUUCUUUUGGUCUUAGAAGCUCAAGGGCCUUAUCAACAGCGCAGUUGGACAGUAUAUCCAGACAGCCCUUCUCGAAGCAUCCACCACCAAUCGGCUUGACAGGCUCAUCGUCCCAAUACACAAUCUCUGGAAUGCGUUCGGAUUUCUCUCUACCAGGCCAAUUUGCGCUGCCAGGCGAAAUUGCAGGACGUGCUCGCAGGCACACAAUAAGCGAUGACAUGUCGCCUCACCCAGAGUCGAGGCGACCUUCAGGGGCUGAACCAAUUUCUCCAUCGAGACUAAAGUCAUCCUCGCGUCGGACAUCUUUACGACGUGUAUACUGCGACAAAUGCAACGAACAUCCGGACGGCUUCCGUGGUGACCAUGAGCUACGGCGCCAUAUAGAUGCCAAACAUUCAGCCACGGUCAAACGUUGGGUCUGCAAAGAGCCAAAAAAUCUUAUACCUACUUCACCGCAGCCAGUCAUACCUUUAUCGAGGUGUAAAGCAUGUCUGGCACAGAAACGUUAUGGGGCAUACUACAACGCCGCUGCGCAUCUUCGUCGUGCGCAUUUCCGACCACAUCGAGUCGGAAAGGCCAGUGGUGAUUGGCCAUCUAUGAGUGUUUUGAAGGAUUGGAUGCGAGAAGUACGCCAAUCAGUUGACGUGCCCGACGAACACAUCUCCAGCGGGGAAGACGACAUAGACGAGUUUCCCCCGCCGGCCAUUUAUCGAGACUCGAUGUCGCAUCAAGCUCCCAUGAUCCCCGACGCACAACCGCCUGCUACAGUACUGGGGCCGCUUCUCUCCUCAAAUUCUAUGGAACAGUCAAUACCGAUCGAACGAGCCAGCCCGUCUCGAAGACCCGCCGAAAACCGAACGAGAUGUCCUCAUCCUGACUGUGGUCGUGAAUUCCGCGACUUGGCCUCUCACAUGCUCACACACCAGGAGGAGAGACCCGAAAAGUGCCCGAUUGUAACAUGCGAGUACCAUACGAAAGGAUUCGCCCGCAAGUACGAUAAGAACCGCCAUGCCCUUACUCAUUAUCGAGGAUCUAUGGUUUGCCCAUUCUGCCCUGGAGUUGGGAGUCCUUUCGAGAAGGUAUUCACGCGUGCGGAUGUCUUCAAGCGACACUUGACUGCUGCUCACCAGGUCGAUCAGACAGGCCAUAGCAGUGGCCACCGACUACCCGGAGGCGAUGAUCCGGUAGGCACAAAGGCACGGUGCUCCAUAUGUAAAAACGGGUUCAGUACCGCUCAAGAUUUCUAUGAACAUCUUGAUGACUGCGUACUGGGUGUCAUUGUGCCAUCUGCAAGUACACCAAGCCAACAACCUCGUUUGCAGGGGUCGCCGCAAUGA